CUAAGCUAACGGAUGGGACGUUCCACUGCAGGAGGAAGGUGGGGGGAAGGAGGCCGCGCCGUUGGAAAACCCCGCCCGCCGCAACGUCGUCCCCCCCCCCCUCCGCCGCGGCCGUUAAGGAGGCGUGGCUUCCGGGCGCCGAGUUCGAAAGAGAAGGCAGCCGCUGCCUGCCCCGCCAUGACUCAAUCGGUGGUGGUGCAGGUGGGUCAGUGCGGGAACCAGGUGGGCUGCCGCUUCUGGGACCUGGCGCUGCGGGAGCACGCCGCCGUCAACAAGAAAGGAAUUUAUGAUGAAGCAUUAAGCAGUUUCUUUAGGAAUGUAGAUACAAGAAGUGGUGGUGAUGGUCCUGAUAUUUACAAAGGAAAAAUCUGCUCUUUAAAAGCACGAGCACUGUUGAUUGACAUGGAGGAGGGUGUGGUAAAUGAAAUUCUGCAGGGACCAUUGAGGGAUGUAUUUGAUAGCAAGCAGCUUAUCACAGAUGUUUCUGGUUCAGGAAACAACUGGGCUGUAGGUCAUAAGCUAUAUGGCUGUCAGUACCGGGAAAACAUUGUGGAAAAGCUGAGGAAAACCGCAGAACAUUGUGACUGUCUACAGUGUUUUUUUAUAAUUCAUUCUAUGGGAGGUGGGACAGGAUCUGGUCUUGGAACUUUUGUACUAAAUUUGCUUGAGGAUGAAUUCCCAGAAGUAUAUAGAUUUGUUACUUCGGUUUAUCCCUCUGGUGAAGAUGAUGUUAUUACUUCUCCAUAUAACAGUGUUCUGGCUAUGAAGGAGCUUAAUGAACAUGCAGACUGUGUGCUACCAAUAGAGAAUGAAUCUCUGUUUGAAAUAGUUAAUAAAAUUCAUCAGAUGGUCAAUUCUGGGAAGCUUGGGUCAACUGUGAAGCAAAACAGCAUGAUAACAUCAAGUACAGGCAGUGCAAAAACUGCACAAGAGAAGCCAUUUGAUGCAAUGAAUAAUAUUGUAGCCAACUUGCUGCUGAACCUGACAAGCUCGGCUAGGUUUGAAGGUUCCCUUAACAUGGAUCUUAAUGAAAUCAGCAUGAAUUUGGUUCCAUUUCCUCGGCUUCAUUACUUGGUUUCAAGCUUGACUCCUCUGUAUACAUUGGCUGAUGUUAAUGUGCCUUCUAGAAGGUUGGAUCAGAUGUUUUCAGAUGCUUUUAGCAGAGAUCAUCAACUAAUUCAAGCAGAUCCAAAGCAUAACCUCUACCUUGCCUGUGCACUUCUCGUUCGAGGAAACGUGCAGCUUUCAGACCUUCGCAGAAAUAUUGAAAGGUUGAAGCCUUCCCUGCACUUUGUGUCCUGGAAUCAAGAGGGCUGGAAAACUGGUUUGUGUUCAGUACCUCCCGUGGGCCACUCCCAUUCCCUUCUGGCUUUAGCAAACAACACCUGUGUAAAACCAACUUUCAUUGAACUCAAAGACAGAUUUAUGAAGCUCUACAAGAAAAAGGCGCACCUUCACCAUUAUCUGCAUAUAGAUGGGAUGGAGCAAAGCUGUUUUUCUGAAGCCAUAUCAUCUUUGUCUGACCUAAUAGAAGAGUACAAUGAACUGGAUGCCACAAAAGGUGGGCCUAGAACAGAUCCCUCAAGACUGAAGAUAGCUGUUUAAAGGAAGAACUGAUGUUAUUUUUUAAAAAAUUUCCCCCAAGCAUCCAAGCAUGUCAGUUAGCCAGAAUGAAUUGCAGCAUGCUUAGCUAUUGUAAUUCCACUGGGACAAUGGCUUCCUCAGUUCUAAGAGGUGUCAUAUUAAGUGGCAGGCCCAGCCUGUAAGAAAGAUUUGAAGGCACCUAAUUAUGGCAGAUAGCAGUAAGAGCAGUCUUCCAAACUGUAGAGUAAAUUGACAUACCAUAUGCUGUAAUGAGAAGAAGGAGAGGUUGUAGCAGCCAAAAAUGUAGUUCUUUUCUCAGACUUUCAGCUUACAGUAAACUAAAGACAGGCCUGCCUUCAAAGAAGGAUCACCGUUACUAGAUUUCUUUUUUAACAAGCAACUAUGAGGAGAAGAAAAGCCUGCAUAGUCUUUUCAAAGAUGAAGGCAGGUCUCUCAUGAAACUGGUUUCUUGAACUUUGCAGGAUAGUAGUCAUUUCAGGAUGCUCUAAGCUAUGUUCAUAGCUUUAAUAUUUUUGCUUCCAUAUUGUACUUAGCUGUAUUAGAGCAUUCUGAGUUGAUAUCAAAAUUGGCAAUAUCAGAAAAUUCAACAAAAUAAAUUUUGUUUCAAGUAUUCUACUUAGAGUAUUAAUUAACAUCUUCAUGAUUCAUAUUCCAGAAUGCUGAAUUGCACUUGAUAAUGAGAUAAUACAAUAUACCUCUGAGUGAAACAUGCACUUAUAAUGAAGUUAUAAUUACUGUUUGGAGAACAAAGUUUAUAUGCUUAAAAGAAUGUGAGUAAAAUGGAUGUUUUAAUAUUUAUAAUUACCAGAGUAAGUAGAUUUUUAUAUUACAGUAAGAACUUUUACAAAAUAGAAUGUACAGUAAUUUCCAGUUGCUUGCCAGCCUUGUCUGUCUUAGACCAGCAAGACUAGUGAACUGUUACAAAUCAGUAUGGAUCGAUGCAAUGAUUUCUUAAAGCUUGAAGUCCUUCUAGCAGAGUUGGAGUGGGUGUAUAAGUGAGCACAAUUUUCAAUGCGUAAGUCCAGAAGUAUUCAAUAAAGCAUU